CGCGGCGGGCGGGCGGAGAGAGCAGACGUGUAGGUUGUCGCUCCGUCGGUUACCCGAGCUCGCGCCAUGCUCGACCACACUCGACGCGGGAUUUGAGAAUACCGAUGAACGUGUGAAUGAUUCUCUAUACUUUAAGGAAAAAUUCCCUUAAAUCAUCGCUCACAAAUCGUAAUGGGAGCGAGUGUGAAAAACAUCUGUUAAAAAUAACUACCUCGUUUAGUUGAUUACAAACUAGGAGUUGCAUACUUUGGCCGUGAAUUGUAAUAAUUAAAAGUGAAAGUUUAAUAGCAGAAAGUUGUUAAGAAAAAGAGAGAAGAGAAGUGAAUGAGAAGAAUUGAAAAAAAAAAGGUGCAAUUUUUUGGAAAUGUUGAUGAUAAUAAGGGAAUACAGUUUCUGGAAAUCGUGAGAAGAAUCUUUUAAGAAAUACAAGUCAGUAAACUCAAAUAAAGUUUAACAGAAAAUAAUUCAAUACCGUGCUUUCGAAAAGUUUCCAUCCGACAUCUGUGGAUGACCUGUAACCCCCCCCCCCCCCCAAGUGACCUGUGACCCCCAAGUGACCCCUAUACCUGAGUGACCAGUCGUCACGGUAAGGUCACAGACCAUCGCCAACUACGCCACUCCCCCCCUCCCCCCAGGCUUUCAAGAUGACCGGAGCAGAGUAAUUGCUACAGUUGUCAUGGCAACCAGCAGGUGCCCAGUCGUCCUGGUGUUCAUCUACGCCUGCGCAGUUGCUCAGGCGUGGCCGCGGGCGUCCCCCCCCGAGCGUCACGUGGUCUACCCUCUCCGUGCGGAUGCUGCGGGUCACGUGAUCUCGGCGGACGUGACGUCACACUACCACGAUGGCGCCAACGAAGGAGGAGGAGGAGGAGGAGGAGGGCGCGAAGGAGGCGGCGCGCGGGUGAAGAGGGCCUCGGCCAACGGCACGGAGGACGGCUCGGCGGCCAAGGACAAGCUGUACAUCGUGAUCAACAACGAGAACGAGGAGCUGUUCCUCAACCUCACGCCCAACACUAAGUUGGUGACGCAGCACACGGUGAUCGAGUGGGUGCUGGAGGACGGGCGCCGCAUCCUGAGGCGGGCGACGGGCGACUGCUUCUACGUGGGGCGCCUCCGCUCCACCGAGAAGUCCCUGGUGGCCAUCAGCAACUGCGACGGCCUCACCGGCUACAUCCAGACGCACAAUGACAGUUACUUCAUCGAGCCCCUGAGGAGGCAGCCGCCGGGGACGCCCCAGGGGUCCGAGGGGGACGAGGCAGGGGGGGCGGCCUCGAACCACCCCCAGCCGCACCUCAUCUACAAGGUCAAAUCCAUCACCUCGCGGCUCAACCUGUCUCUGCAGCAGGACCAGGAGUUCCGUCAGCACGAGGAGGAAGAGGAGGAGGAGGAGGAAUACACGGAGGACCUUGAAGAAGAGGAGGAGGAGGAGGAGGAGGAAGUAGAAGAGGAGGAGAUAGCGAGGGAGGAAAUGAGGAAGGGAGGGUUGAGAGAAAACCGGAGAGGAGAGCGAGGGGAGAGGAGAGGAGACGGAUGGACGGACGCGACGCCGAAGUUCCGGCGCCACCACCACCGGAGGGCGCACGAGGAAGCCCUGCAGGAGGAGGAGGAGGAGGCUACGAUGCCGGAGUUCCUCGACUUCCUGAAUAGGAGGAGGAGGAGGAGAAGAAACAGCAUCUUCGGCACUGACUUGAGAGCUGACGUGGCCGCGAUGAGGGCGUCCCUUCCGAGGGCGAGCGACAGCGGGUCCUCCAUCAAGCAGGUCAUCAUCCCCAAGUUCAGAAGGAGACCCGAAGAGACCCGACCAAAGUUCGCCAGGCAGGACUCCACCAUCUCCUCCUUCCCCUCCUCCUCUUCCUCCUCCUCCUCCUUCUCCUCCUCCUCCUCCUCCUCCUCCUCCUCCUCCUCCUCCUCCUCCUCCUGGUCCCUGUCCAAGAACGAGAGGAUCGGCAGGUCGACGGGCGUGCGGCUGCCCAAGUUCACCCAGGGGCACCAGCGGGCGUCUACGAGCGUUCAGGACUCCGAUCGUCCGAAACGCGAGGACAACGAGAGAGGAAGAUUAGAAGGAGAGGACACCAGAAGCGAACAGAUAGACACGGAGAGAAGGAGGAUUGCCGAGGAGGAGGAAGAGGGAGGUGACAACGGGACCGAGGAGAGAGAAGGGGAAAGAAAGAAGAACAAGAAGGGCAGACGAAAGAAGGACAGGAAGAAGAAGAAGAAGAAGAGGUGCAAAGCGGAAAAGAAAGGAGACGGAGACCAGACCAACGAAACGGAGAUAAACGAAGAAGGGAAUGAUAAGGAGGAAAGGAAAUGCCGAGAAAGGAAGAAACUCACCAAGGAGGAACGCCAGAGGAGGAAAGAAGAGAGGAGAGAGAGACGGCGAUUGGCCAGGGAAAGGAAACUGCAGGAAAAAGAGAGGAAGAGGCAAGAGAGACGAGAGAGGAAGCGGAACAAACAGACCACGGCGAACGACAGCCUCACUGCAUCAUUCCCUCAAGCUCACGUGGUGGACCCGUUCGAGGGCGAGGACUGGCAGGGCUACUCGCCGGACCUCUUCUGGGAGACUGACGUCGCUGCAGGUUCCUCGGGGCUAUCGGAGGUGUCCCUGGGUCCAGCGCUCAACGCCUCCGACCCCCCCAAGUGGCUGGAGCUCGUCGUCGCCGUCGACCACACCGUCAUCGACUUCCACGGCGAGGACGAGGUCGAGAAAUACGUCUUCACGCUCUUCAACAUCGUCAGCGCCAUCUAUGAGGAUCCUUCGCUGGAGUCUUCGCUUGAGUUGGUGAUGUUGAGGAUCAUCUUCUACAAGGACAAGAAACACUCACAGGUACGCGAGGGUCUGGCCAAGAAGUCACUGGAGGCGGUGAACCGGUGGUCGGAGCGCCUGCACCGCCUGUCGCCCGAGCACCUCCGCCACGACAUGGCCGUGUGGCUGACCCGGACUGACCUGGGCGGGCCGUCGGGCUACGCUCCUGUGGCGGGCGUGUGCGAGCCGUCGCGGUCGUGCACUCUCAACCGCGACGAAGGCCUCACCUCCGCCUUCAUCAUCGCUCACGAGAUGGGACACGUCCUGGGCCUGAGUCACGACGGCGACCCGGUGGCGAGGAACGACUGCGAGAGCGAGGGCUUCCAGGGGUCGGUGAUGGCGCCCCUCGUCGCCGCCACCUUCAGCAGGUUCCACUGGUCCAAGUGCUCCAAGCGGGAGUACCACGGCAGGGCUCGAGCUUGGACCUGCAUGCUGAACAAACCGCAGUGGAAGAACGCGACCACAGUUCCAUCUACCAUCCAGUACCAGUAUUCACUCGACGACCAGUGCAGGAUGGAGUUUGGCGAGGGCUUUGGGUUGUGCCAGAUGAUUAGUAUGACGGACCCCUGUACCCAUCUGUGGUGCAGCAACUCCUCGGCGCCCCAUCUUUGCAAGACCAAGAAGGGACCGCCCCUCGAAGGCACCAUCUGCGGGGACCAGAAGUGGUGUCGCCACGGGUUCUGCGCGUCGAUGAGCCAGCAACCUGAGGGCGGCGGCGGCGGCGGCGGAGGCGGCAGCGGCGAGUCCCCGGUGCGGCACAACCCGCAGGACGGCGGCUGGGGCGCGUGGAGCGGCUGGGGGCCCUGCUCGCGCACCUGCGGCACCGGCGUCGCCUUCCGCACCCGCAAAUGCGACAACCCGCCGCCGGCCUGGGGCGGGCGGCGCUGCCGCGGCAAGCGCGAGGAGUGGAGGGUGUGCGGCACCGAGGAGUGCCAGCUGCCGCGCCAGGACUUCCGCGGCCAGCAGUGCCACCUCCUCCCGCGCAUCGUCAACCUGGACCGGCGGCGCGCGGCGCUCAGCUGGCUGCCCUACGAGCCCAAGAGCAUUUUAUUCGGGGAUUUCAGCUCCUCCGGGUGGUGUCGCCACGGGUUCUGCGCGUCGAUGAGCCAGCAACCUGAGGGCGGCGGCGGCGGAGGCGGCAGCGGCGAGUCCCCGGUGCGGCACAACCCGCAGGACGGCGGCUGGGGCACGUGGAGCGGCUGGGGGCCCUGCUCGCGCACCUGCGGCACCGGCGUCGCCUUCCGCACCCGCAAAUGCGACAACCCGCCGCCGGCCUGGGGCGGGCGGCGCUGCCGCGGCAAGCGCGAGGAGUGGAGGGUGUGCGGCACCGAGGAGUGCCAGCUGCCGCGCCAGGACUUCCGCGGCCAGCAGUGCCACCUCCUCCCGCGCAUCGUCAACCUGGACCGGCGGCGCGCGGCGCUCAGCUGGCUGCCCUACGAGCCCAAGAGCAGGGAAGGCAAGUGCGUGGCGAUGGGCUGCGACCAUGUAGUCGGCUCCAAGGCGCAGGAGGACGAGUGCGGCGUCUGCGGCGGCGACGGAGCCACGUGCGAGCGCAGGGAGUUCGUCUACGAGCAGGUUCCUCCGCCAGACUACAGCGUGAUGGCCCGGCUGCCUGCGGGCGCGCGGAACAUCGUAGUCCAAGAGGAAGUCGCCACGACGCAUUUCCUAGCACUCGGUCCCGACAACAACAACAACAACAACAACAACGGGAACGUCACUGUGCCUAGCGUUUUCUUCCUGAACGGCGGCAGCACUCAGGAACCGCCCAUGAGUAUCGUCUGCAAGGGCGCGAAGUUCCACUACAGCGACCCCGAGGGACGCGAGCUCCUGCAGGCGCGAGGACCCCUUCUGCGCCCCGUCCUCGUCCUGGUCCACAACUCAGGGACCCGAGAGCGCGCGCGCAUCACCACGAGCUACGUGACGCGGCCGCGGGAGGAGCACUACCAGUGGGAGGUCGGCCCCUACACCGCCUGCUCCGUGUCCUGCGGAGGAGGGCAGCAGCACCAGACGCUCGUGUGUCGCGACCGGCGUUCGGACCUCCAGGUUUUCCACGACAGAUGCGCUCACCUGCCCCGCCCGCACCUCAAGAGCACCGACUGCAACACCUUCGGGUGCGAGGCGCGGUGGGUGGCGGGGCCGUGGGAGCACUGCUCGACCACGUGCGGGCCCGACGGUGUGCAGGAGCGCGAGGUAGCCUGCGUCACGCUGCCGCAGGCCGACUCGGCCAACUGGACGGCGGGCAUCGUGGACCCUGAGCGCUGCAGUGCCAUUCCGAUGCCCGAGGCCGUGCGCGAGUGCCUGAGGGAGCCAUGCCCCGCGCACUGGAUGCCCCUCGGCUGGGGCCAGAAUUCGUCACGGAUUAUUGAAAUGACAGGAAUACGACACAUAACUGUCCUGCGGGAGUGA